GUCAAGUAACAGACGUGUGUCAUUUUGCAAUCACAUGCACACAUGGGGUUCUGUUUAUUCGAGGUUUUUUAAAUUAAUAAAGUGAUUUAUUGUUUGUUUCGUGACUGAUUUUAACACAAUGCCUGAUAUUGAAAUGGAUAGAGUGCCGGAAAACGGGUCUGACUGUGAAAACAGCUCACAGAUCGACUCGGACGCAGACAAUGUUUCGGACUCUGGUAAACUGAUAAAUAAGAAGAAGACUAGAAAGCGUGGAAUUAUAUUCUUAUCCACUAUUCCUCCUUACAUGAAUGUCGCCAAGAUACGUGAAAUAUUCAGCGAAUUCGGAGACGUUGGAAGGAUAUAUUUGCAACCGAGUGCUAAGCCUGGCGAAAAGCGCAAGCGGGUGCCGAAUCAAUUCACAGAAGGCUGGGUAGAAUUCCAGAAGAAAAAAGUAGCCAAGAUGGUUGCAACAAAACUAAACAACACAAAGAUUGGAACCAGAAAAAAGUCACGCUAUUAUGACAUGAUAUGGAAUAUCAAAUAUAUUCCGAGGUUUAAGUGGAUUCACUUGAGUGAGAGACUGGCGUAUGAGAGAGCUGCAAUGAAGCAGAGGCUGAGGGCUGAGAUAUCACAGGCCAAGAAGGAGGCCCACUACUUACAAACAAAUGUAGAAAAGAGCAAAAAAAUGAAGAAGAAAAAAGCAAAGGAAGCUAUGGAAUAAAAAUAGAUUAUAAGUUGA